UAUAUUUUAGAUUUCUCUCGCGAGUUGACAACCCUCUGUUGCAUUUGGUUCCAUGUACCCAAACUUAUGAACACGCCACCGGGAUGAAUGCCCUUCUAAAUGGUGCAGUAUUUGAGGAAUUCCGACGGCAUAUUUUACCAUCCUCGGAGGAAACGUUACAUUUUUCACAAGAAAACAAGUCACAGUUAACUUUUCCUUCAGAUGUCAUCGAUCCAGACAACGUGGUAAGAACUCAAAAGUUCUUCAAACGAGCAGAUUCUCUUCACGAGACAAAACUCCUUCGUGUAUUCGAUAAACUGGAUCAGGUGAAUCGAGUAGACCCUAAAGAUCCAAAGACAGCGGAAGUGGCGAAUGCGGUGGUGACUUUUGUGGAGCGGAUCAUUAAGAAAAUUGGAGAAAUCGACCCGCGAUUCACCUCAACUCUCUUACGCGGUGGAAGCUUUUUCGAUGACGUAAAGGUGGGAAAACCUGACGAAUUUGAUUUCACCGCUAAGGUAGAGAGGCUUUGUUCUGCAUGCGACGCACUUGAGUCACGGUAUUCGAAACGCAAGAAAGGAUUUGUAUACCUGGUGGUCAAAGAUGUCGGGUUCAUCCAGGAUUUCACGGAGUUCGUUACUAUGGCAGAAGAGGAUGGAGUAUUGAAUGAAGGAGAACAGAUCUUGUCCCUGCGAAAAAUUGAAAAUCAUUUCAGUGAGCUGGUAGAUAAAGCACUUCAUUCCAUUGAUGUCCCAAAAGCUUUGUCCCCAGCAGGUGUAGAAAAAGGUCUCUUCUGGCAUUCUGUUCACAACGGUCCGUGCGCUACGAUUAAUGCUACUUACCGUUCAACGUCGUGGGAAGAACUAGGUCUGGAUAUUGAUAUUGCUCCAACGUUUGAUUUACCAAAACCUUUAUACACGCCACCUGUCCUAGAGCUUAGAACUUGGAAUAACAUGUCUGAUUCUAAAAACGAGUUGAUGUCAAAGUUAACUGAGAUGCUUCACUUCAAGCUCAAAAUUAUGGUUAUUCCGUUUGCCUUUGAUAAGAUACUUGAAACGCAGAACACGGACAUAAAGACAUGGUCCUACAGAUAUAGCGAGACAUGGCGAGUGUCUUUUAAUUCGCUUGAACAAUUCGUCUUUUCACAGUACGACUUUGAAUCAGUGGAAAAACAACUUUACAGAGUGUUGAAGAUUCUGAAAGAGACAUUUAUCCAGAAAACAGAGGAUCUAGAAUCAAGAGCGGGAACAUACGAUAUGAAGCUUGAUGAACCACCCAGCACGACCUUGACCUCGGUCACGGCGGUGCCACUCGGGGUGGUGCCUGCCUUCACAGUAGAACCACUUGCAGGAUGGCGCCAGGAGUUGGGCGAUGACUCGAGCGAUGAUUCUGACGACGAGGCGUCAUCGAAUUCGUCAUCCGGUCGUGGGAUUAAGUACGAGGUUCUCUAUGAUCGAUCGUCUUUAUCGUCUAACUCCGAUGUGGAUGACCAUAAACCUUCAACCGAAACUGGAGAAAGACCUAGUGGAACUGUUGCUUCCUCUGAGAGUGUUUAUACGGAGCUAGAUUUAAAGCAUAAAUCUGUAACGCAGAAUCCUACAUCAGAUGGUGACAACCUGAACUCUACACAAAACUGCCGUAGCUCAAAACCACUGAUUAAAACCUAUUAUCUAAAAAUGAUAUUUUUCUUCAUGAGGUUUAUGCAUACAGACAACGAGAUAUGGACACGUGAGAACGAGAUAUGGACACGUGAGAACGAGAUAUGGACACGUGAGAACUUGCCAGCAUUGGUGGUAUUUGUGCUGAAAGCUCUUUUCUUCGUCUACUCAUCGAAUCAGAAAGCAUUCAACAAUUUCUGGUUUCAAGACAUCAUCGACCUCCCAGCCAGACCUUCUGUGAGUUUGGAAAUCCUACAGUCACUGGAGGAUAUUGUGGAUGAACUAGAAAGAAGAAUGCAUGAUGUUUAAAGACGUACCUUUAUGUAAAAUUUAUGUAGUAAAGCCAACAUAAGCCCCUAUAAAUCACUUAUUUUAAUAGAAAAAUUUUGUACUAAUCACAUUAUAUGGAUAACUUUAUUUGAUUGACGACAAAUUAUGUGCUAAUCAUAAAAAGGGAGUUUUGGCCAAAUAUAGUUUGCACUUUAGAAAAUUCAAAGUGAAACAGAAAUUCUACAGUUGUCUAAAUUGAAUGACAGGAUGCCGUUUUAUCAGGGCACUGAAGACCUUGGAUCGACUACAUCAUCAAUUACGUCAUUUUAAAGCCAAUGUUGACUUCAAAUGAUUGUCUUUUAAAUGUUUUGUAUUCACAUAACACAUCGUUUUUAAAGGCAUAAAUGUGAAUAUAUUUCUGGUAGGAACAAGGUACAGUAAAUAAAAAUUGGAUAACAAAUGCUGUCAAACAAGGGUCUGUUCUUUCAAAUUCAUCCUAAGGGACAUUACUAAUGGUAAGUUUAGAACAAAACUUCUAAGGUUUAAAUUGAAUGACUUACAUGUAUAAGAAUUAUUGAAAUCAGGAAAUAGUUUCUCAGUAUAUUUUUUGUUUAAAAAGGAGUUUUGUUGUCUGCAGAUUUUAUACUAGUUUUGAUCUGUCGAAAGCUAAACAAUAUAACUUGAGAAAAAAGAAAUAGAUGUUCAUGUAAAUUACACACAAAUUGAUUAACAGUUCAUUGUGUUCGAUGCAGGUUAUUAACAAUAUAUUGAACAAUUCUUUGAUUUAAAAAAUGGCAUUUUAAUAUGUAUAUCGCUUUGAAUCGCAUGCCAAACUUCGAAAAUUAUCUCUUAUAAGAUAAUUGUUUCAUUUUAUGCACCUUCUAUCAACAAAGACAUUUUUCUCCUUUUUGAUACUCCCCCACCAAGUACAUAAUUUUCUUGACCAAUUGCAUGAAAAUGACGCUUUAUUUUUAUAGAAUAUCGUUAUUAUAGAUAUAAUGUAGAUCAUAAAGUUAAAAAGACGAAGCAAUUCAUUAAGUUAACAAUCUCACAGUAUCUAACAGUAUCAAGCGAUUUGAAACCUUUAAAUGUAGAAUUACCCAUCGCUUUUGGUUUAAACGCAAACUUGCUUGUGACUUGAUGCUACCCAUGUGGUAAAAUCCAUGCAGGGACCUCGCCAAAAAAAGAAUUCUACAUAAUGCUGUGCACUUCGGUGAUGCAGUUUUAUACAUAUGAGUUGCUUCCCUUUCCACAUUGACACUGGUAGAUUCUAUUACGGCCUACUCAAUGAUUUAACCAUUUUAAUAAUAUGCAUUUCUAUGUCUUUUCAAUUCUAAACUAUUACACAGACAGUAUAGUUAUGUUUAUACCAUAAAACAUGUUCAAGUCUCUCUCUCUCUCUCUCUCUCUCUCUCUCUCUCUCUCUCUCUCUCUCUCUCUCUCUCUCUCUCCGUGGUACACAAAAAUACCGAUUUUUUAGAUCAUGUUAAUUUCGCAGGUCCACGGGUUAAAUUACCAUAAUUAAUAUCGCCUGAUAUUACACUUCUGAUAGAUCUGAAAAAAUUCUUUGAUUUUGUUUUUAAAAGUCAUAAAUCACAAUUCAAAUGUACAAAGAAUUUUUAUUUUUAAAAUUUUAUUCCUGGGGCCAUCUUGAACAUUUUUUAAAAUAAUUCCGGUCGUUAAUUUUUAAAACUUUCGUACCCCCGGGUGGUCUUGUACACCUUUGAUAUUUUUCUUAUCUAUCACACUUGAAAACAAUCGGCCGUACACCCAUUAAUUGGAUAUAUGUCGGUAGUGAAAUAGAUAAGUAAUCUCUAAUGAGUAUCAAACAUUCUUGUUUGUUCAGCGAUCUGAAUCUAAUUUUUGUAUAAUACCACUCAAAUUUUAAUUUAAACUAUUUUAGAGUGAUGUAUGUAGCAUACCAGAGAGAGACUGAGAGGGUUUUAUUAUUUUGCUUCUGAAGUUCUGUAGCUCUCAAUAUAUGAAAUUGUAAUUGCAAUAAAUUCGUUAUCUUAUUGAAAUUCUUCAAUUUUCAUGACACAAUUUGUUAACAUUGUUGCAUUUGUCUUCAGUUUGAAAAACACAAUCUAGAAAAAAAUCUGAU